AUGACGGGAAAGAUAGGAGACAUGGUAACACACACGGCAACACAAAACGAGCUGUCAACGACAGAGAGAUGGCCCAAGCGGCAUGCGACCGAGAAGGGUGGGAUAGUGUUGGCAGCAGCAAACGCCGUUCGCAUGAACGGGCGAAAACAAACGGCUGAAAUGAUCAUCGGCACCUUUCGGCAAGAUUACAUCACCGCUUACGCCUUUAUUACGGCAGCGCGUUUGCCGUCCGGCCGUCCGAAACGGCGAACGCAUGCGAAACGUGCUCGGCAGCCGUUGCCGUUCACGUUCACGUUAUUUGCUACGGCAGAUUUUACGUUGCCGUUUGAACGGCGGAAGCAAAAAACGGCCCUUGACCCAGUGGGACGGGCAGGAUUUUAUACGAGGGCGAUGGGUCAGGUCGCGACCAAGACCGAGGAAACUUCGAUCAGAUCUGCACCAAGAUGGACUCGUAGGACCGGUCAGCGGGUCAUCAAAAAGAAGCAGAAGACAACACCAAUAUCAUACCACACCGACUUUACAGCGAUACGAUACUCUGCCACCAAGCCUGAUCGGUAUCGUCCCGCCCCGAUCCCAUAUCUGGCUGCAACAACAAGGAUCGCGAGACCCAACAUUGAAGCCAAUGCCCAAUAUCAGCGAUCUUUCGGCCCUCUUCCCUUCUCGGGUCACUUCGCUAGUCAGGGCGAAAUAGGCGAGGAUGGGUCAGGUCAGACUCGGAAAAGGCAGGAGAGGCCCGAUGGGGGAAAGCGGAGAAGGAUUCGUCUAUACCUUCUUUGGGCGACGAUGGGGAGGGAUGGACACCUCACCGCGUAUUCCGCUCAUCGAUCGGUUCGAACGUCCACUAAGUUUUCUCUUCGCACCUCGAGAGAGUACGGACUUUCCAGGUCGCAAAUGCUUCGCAAGGGUCACUUUGCCGGCCCAUCGCACCUCCUAAAACGAACUUCGUCACCUCUUUUGGGUCGUACGGGCCCGUUCACGAUGGAGUCUUGA